AAAUUAGAUGAAAACAUAAACAACCACAUAACAGUAGACAUCAUUGUACUAGGAUGCAGUUUAUCAGGUUCCAAUACCAAAAUCAAUCACCGCGCCUGAGUUAUUUAAAACUAACUUAAAAAAAGUAUUCGAAAAUGAGAAUGGUGAUAUUGAAACAUACGAUACAAUGCUACACGAAUUUAACUUUCUGAAAGUUUUUGAACAAUUUGAAUUAAAUCAGUAUCAGAUAGCUUUGGAUGAGAAUAUGAAGGAUCUGUUUCAAGUCAAGCAAAUGUCUGAUGCUGCAGAGAGAAAGAAACUCAUCUAUUUUGAUCGUACUAAUAUGGAGCAACAUAUUUGCAGAUCCCUACUGUUUCCUACCUCCAGGAACAUUAUGAGAAACACAGUCAGAUUGGUAUGUGGUGUAUCCCCAAACGAGGUUUCAGUUUUAUUUUUUCUGUACCAGUGCUAUAGAACGGGGAGUGUUACAAAUAACUUAGACGGAAUUAAUACAAAAUUACGAGAAAAGCUUUUAGGAUAUUUCAAGAAACAUUUAUCCAGUAAGCUGUGUCAAAGCAUUUCUAAUAUAACGCUACCGAUAAAACCUAUAAAGGAAAUAAAUUCAUGUCCAGGAGAAAAAGUGAUAUUGAAAACGCUACAAGGAGAUAAACGUUAUACUUGCAACAUUCUCGCUAUGGCUUUGAAACCGGAUGAGUUAUGUGACAUAAAAUUCGAGCCGGCUCUACUGACAGAGAACCAGAAAAGUAUAUUCACCUCUAUGACGAAGGGCAGAGCAAAGAAAUUUUGGAUACAGUACGAAGAAAAAUUUUGGCAAAAGGCCGGUUUUAGUGGUGAUAUUUUUAGUCUUCGUGGACCUAUACUGUGGGCGACCGAGCAACCAAAGCUACCAUUUACGGCAAAUAAAGAUUUGAAUCCCAUUUUAGUAGGAUAUUUAAAGUACAAUGAAGAUAAUACAGAAAAUUCAGAAGAGGCAGUUAAACAACAGUUGAUAGACCUCUUUGGUGACGACGCAGCCAGACCAGUGAGGUAUAUAGAAUCUGCAAUCGAUGACGUAUGCGUACCACUCUGUGGCAAUUUCUUGGCGUUACGACGAUUACAACAUACAAGUCAUAAACUUGAAUGGGGAGCACUAGAUAUUUUUGCUGAGGGUGAUGUGGCAGCUGCUUUGGAAGCUGGACAUAACGCUUAUAUGCAUCUGGUGGCGUAUCUAAGACCACAAGCACAGACUUACGAAGAUCUUGUAGAGUCUCGUUGGCCGACCUUCUUCAAUGACACUGAUCCAUUUCGAAGGUGGUUCUCUGCCGUCAAUUUUGCUUCGAGCACAAGAGUGGCGCUGUAUGCGACUGCUGCUUACAUCGGAUACCGAGUUUUGAGACAUUUAAAUAGUUAAGCACAUAGCACCCUCAGUUCAAUGUGUGUAAUUUUACAUAAUUAUACAUCAAUUUUUACUGCAUUUACA